AAAACAAUAAACGUAAAAUGCAAAGUUCAUUUUGCUUCAAAAUAACACUCAAAUAGUACUUUGGACUCUAAAUCAGUACUUCUAAGGUAGUCCAACUAAAUCACUAAUAAUCAAUGCUGAAAGCCACCAUUUGUUUAAGACGCUGCUCAAUAAGUUUAAUCAACAAAAUGGAUGGGAAACGAAGGAAAGUUUUUGUUGCUGGAGUUGGAAUGACCAAAUUUGAGAAACCGAAAGUAAAAGAUUGGGACUAUCCUGAUAUGGGUAAAGAAGCUGGACUUGCAGCACUGAAAGAUGCGGGAAUACCAUAUGAGAAAGUAGAGGCAGUUGUGUGUAGUUACAACUAUGGAGACCCAACCAGUGGCCAGAGGGCGCUGUAUGAGAUUGGUCUGUCUGGAGUUCCUGUUUUCAAUGUUAACAACAAUUGCUCUGCUGGUUCUUCAGGGCUAAUGAUGGCAAGGCAGCUCAUCAAGGCUGGACAUGAUUGUGUUAUGGCAUUAGGUUUUGAGAAAAUGGAAGGAGGAUUAUCCGAGACAUUCAAGGAUCGUACUUCUCCAGUUCAGCGUCACAUGGAUCACAUGGUCUCCCUCGGGGCAGAACCUGGUCUGAUUGGUCCAGGCUAUAAUGCUAUGACAUCAGAUGUCAUCAAACUGUUUGCAUAUGCUGCAAGAGAAUACAUGGAGAAAUAUCCUGGUGCUAUGACUUUUGAGGAUCUUGUGAAAGUUGCGUAUAAAAAUCGUAAGCAUGGGGCCAAUAAUCCAAAGGCUUCUUUGCAAAAACCUACCUCGAUGAAAAGCAUUGCCAACAAGGAUCGAAUAAUGAUUUAUCCAAUCACGAUAGGCAUGACUGCCAUGACAGCAGAUGGUGGAGCUGCUGCAAUUGUCUGCAGUGAAAAUUUUAUUCAAGAGAACAAACUUGAAAAUCGUGCGAUUGAAAUCAUCGCUCAGCAUAUGGUAACUGACCUCCCAUCUUCAUUUCAUAAAAGCAUGAUGGACACAGCUGGCUACAGCAUGUCAAAAUUAGCUGCUGAAAAAGUUUAUAAGGACUCAGGCCUGCAAGCCAAGGAUGUAGAUGUCAUUGAAGUUCACGACUGUUUCUCGUGUAAUGAAGUGUUUAUGUAUGAAGCCAUGCAACUUGUAAAGGAGGGUGAAGGAGUUAAGCUGUUCAAUACUGCCAAGUGGGUGAAUAACAAGGCUGGGGGUGAGGUUUGUCAGCUAGGGGGGCGCUGGGUUGUCAAUCCAUCAGGUGGAAUAGAGUCUAAAGGUCAUCCUAUAGGAGCAACAGGUCUGGGGCAGUGUGCAGAGUUGGUAUCGCAACUAAGAGGUGAGGCUGAGAAAAGACAAGUAGAAGGGGCAAAAGUGGCGCUACAACACAACUAUGGAAUAGGGGGAGCUGCAGUCGUCACCAUGUACCAGAGGCCAACCUUCAACACUGCAAGACUUUAGAUUGGCCUUCAGAGACCAACCUUCAACCCUGC